AUGGAUCCAAUCGAGUCAACCGAGCCUACUUACCAAACUGGUCAAAUUGAGGUCGACCAGAUAAUGUCAGACCAAGAUUCAAACGACGAAACAGAAGAUAUCAACCCAGCCACUAUAAUUGACAUGAGCUACCGUCAAGCCCCAGAAUCUUCAUGGAUUCCAGGGCAACAAGCAAGAUACGAGUGCAUAGCCUGUACACUCUGCAGCACAGGCUUAGACUGUCCAACAGCAAGACACCCCUUCAACGCAGAACUCCAAACAGGUCUGCGCUGCUAUCAGUGCUCUGCGUGUUCACAUUUGGAGUACAAGCCCACGGCGACUAACGGGCGCAGACUCACACAGAAACAACUAGAGGAGCUGGACACCCCGAAGCCGUACAAGAAGCCGCCUAAACGCUUUUACUCGGACGAGUUCACGUGGUACGUGGUUAUCCCUCUUGAGGAGAAGUGUGACUCGUUGAUUUUCAAGUACAGAGUUGCGCUUGCGGAAAUGGAGAAUGCCAAGGCGACAAUAUAUACGGAGAAGCCGGAUGAUGAGCAGUGUGGGAGGGGGUUCGUUUUUGAAAUUGGCAUGAAGCAGUCCACGGACAUAAAGAUGGUGCUUGAGGAGGCGAGAGAGAUCCUUAGGGAUAGGUUGCGAAAUAAUAUUAAUGUUUGGGCGAUGGAGGUUAGUAUAGAUGAGUGGAAAUGA